UGUCAAUGUAAGGAAUGUUGUAGACUGGAAGUGACAAGCAAAUUUUGUGAUUUAAAAAUGAAAGAAAAAAGUGAAAAAUCCACAAAAAAACUGGAAAAUGGAAAUUUGACUAAAGCAUCUAUUAUUCUUUGUGUUGCUGCUGUUGUCUUAGCUGGAGGUCCUGCCUUUUAUAUUUCGUACAUGUCAGCAGCUUUAAGAGAAAAAAUAUGCACAUUUCAACACUCAUCGCCAAUCUGCACACCAUCUCCAUACCGUACCUACGAUGGUUCCUGCAACAACCUACAAAAUCCACUUGCUGGAACAGCAAAUUCUUUUUAUGGUCGCAUUCUACCUGCUCUUUAUGGUGAUGGAGUUUCAACUCUUCAAAAAUCUGUCACUGGUCAUCAACUUGCAAGUCCGAGGAAAAUAUCAAAAGCUAUCUUUGGAGAAGUAAGUGUUCCAGAUCCUGUUUAUUCAAUUGCAAUGAUGCAGUUCGGGCAAUUUAUUGUACAUGACAUGGGUUUUGGACUUGAUGGCAAUUCGCCAUCGUGUUGCUCAAGCUUGAUAGGAUCUUCAAUGGGAUUAAAUCCACAUGCAACAUCUGGAACUCCAUCGGAGAUGCCUGAUUGUGCAGCUAUAUCAAUUCCUAGUGAAGAUCCUGUAUAUCCACCGAAUAUUACCUGCAUGGAUUUCACAAGAGAUGCACAUUCAGGUGAUUUACAAUGUCCUGCACUUGCAGCUGGUCAGCCAAUCGAGCAAAUCACAUCAGUCACAGCUCAUCUUGACUUGUCUGUAGUUUAUGGAAAUUCUGAGGAGCUAGCAACAUUUUUAAGAACCAUGGAAGGUGGAUUGUUCAAAAUAGUUGAAACUGACGGCUAUGAAUAUCCACUCCAUGAUCCAGAUCCAACAAUCAACUGCUUUGUACAUCCACCACAAGAUCUUUGCUAUUUAGCUGGCGAUGAUCGUCUCAAUCAAAGUCCACACUUGACAGUCAUCCACAUUCUGUUUAUUCGUGAGCACAAUCGACUUGCUAGGGCACUUGCAGCUAUUAAUCCUCACUGGAAUGAUGAAAAACUCUUCCAAGAAGCUCGUCGAAUCAACAUUGCUGAGCAUCAAUAUAUUUCUUAUUAUGAAUGGCUGACACUGUUCUUGGGAACUGAAAACAUGCUGCAUACUGGAUUAAUCAAGCACUUCAGUGGUGACGAGUAUGUCAAUGACUAUGACUCAAGUGCAGUGCCAACAACGUUCAAUGAAUUUUCAAAUGCCGCUUUUCGGUUCUUCCAUUCACAAAUUGAGGGUCAUUUGAACCUCCUAACAGAAUCCCGCGAAAUAAUCACCACAAUCGCCCUCAGUGACCACUUUAACAACCCAAACAUCACUCAAGACAACUUUGAUGAACUAGCACGUGGCAUGGUCCACCAAAACUCUCAAUUAUCCGACAGUAACUUUGAUGAGCAAGUACGAGAAUUUUUAUUUAAAGAUGGGAAUCAUUUCGGACAAGAUUUGAGGUCAAUUGAUAUCCAAAGAGGUCGUGAUCAUGGAAUUGGCACUUACAAUGACUACAGAGAACAUUGUGGAAUCCCCAGAGCAACUCAAUGGGAUGACUACCUUGAUUUAAUUCCUGCAAAUCAUGUUGCUAACUUACAGUUGGUUUAUGAAAGUUUUGAGGAUGUUGAAUUGUCUGUUGGUGCCAUGCUUGAGUCUAUAAUUGAUGAAGAAACGUUGGCUGGUCCAACAGUUUUGUGUAUUUUGAAUGAACAGUUCAUGAGAACUAGAGUCAGUGACAGGUUUUGGUUUGAAUCUGGAGACUCAUUGGUUGCAUUCACAAGACAGCAGUUGAGAGAAAUCAGGAAGUCAAGUUUUGCUAGAAUUCUGUGUGACAAUUCAAAUAACAUCACGACAGUGCAGCCUCAAGCAUUCUUUGUUGUUAAUGACACGAAUCCGAUUGUUUCUUGUGCUCAGAUUCCAGUUAUGGAUUUGAGCUUCUGGCAGGAUUCAUAAAUUUUUGAUGUCCUUAUGGCAAAAUUCCUGAAAU